CCUCCCCCUCCCCUUCCGCUUCCCAAUGCGGCACCUCGAGAGUGGAGGGAGGGGUCGCAGCAGUUAAACCCCCCACUUCGGGGGUCAGUUCCCGUGGGGCCUCGCAAUGAUCCAGGCGGCUCCCCAACAAGAUGAACCGUAGGAGAGCCCAGAGCAGCCCUCGCGAGUUUAAAUUAUAAGACCUAAUUAUGAGUGAUCAAAUCAAAUUCAUCGUGGACAAUCUCAAUAAGGAACCUUUUAGGAAGAACUAUAAUUUAAUCACAUUUGAUUCCCUGGAGCCAAUGCAACUAUUACAAGUUCUCAAUGAUGUUCUGGCUGAGAUUGACCAAAAGCAAGUUGUUGAUAUCAGAGAGGAGAUGCCAGAGCAAACAGCCAAAAGGAUGUUGAGCCUUCUUGGUAUCCUUAAAUACAAACCUCCAGGAAAUGCUACAGACAUGAGUACCUUUCGUCAGGGUCUGGUGAUUGGAAGUAAACCUGUAAUUUACCCAGUGCUCCACUGGCUUCUUCAGAGAACUAAUGAACUGAAGAAAAGAGCAUAUUUAGCUCGUUUUUUAAUAAAACUUGAGGUACCAAGUGAGUUUCUCCAGGAUGAAACCGUGGCUGAUACCAAUAAACAGUAUGAAGAUUUGAUGGAAGCCUUUAAAACUUUGCAUAAAGAAUGUGAGCAGCUCAAGACAUCUGGAUUUUCUACAGCAGAAAUAAGAAGGGAUAUCAGUGCAAUGGAGGAAGAAAAGGAUCAGCUUAUUAAGAGAGUUGAACGUUUGAAGAAAAGGGUGGAGACAGUUCAGAAUCAUCAGAGGAUGCUGAAAAUAGCAAGGCAACUUCGAGUUGAGAAAGAGAGAGAAGAAUUUCUUGCACAACAGAAACAGGAACAAAAAAAUCAGCUAUUUCAUGCAGUGCAGAGACUGCAAAGAAUACAAAACCAGCUGAAAAGUAUGCGACAUGCUGCAGCAGAUGCGACACCUGAAAGUUUAAUGAAGAGGCUAGAGGAGGAGAUAAAGUUUAAUUCAUAUAUGGUAACUGAAAAAUUUCCUAAAGAAUUAGAGAACAAGAAAAAAGAAUUGCAUUUUUUACAAAAAGUGGUUUCAGAGCCUGCUAUGGGCCAUUCUGAUCUUCUUGAACUUGAAUCUAAAAUAAGUGAAAUAAACACACAGAUCAAUCAGCUGAUUGAAAAGAAAAUGAUGAGAAAUGAACCAAUUGAAGGCAAACUGUCACUAUAUAGGCAACAGGCAUCUAUCAUUUCUCGUAAAAAAGAAGCCAAAGCUGAAGAACUUCAGGAAGCAAAGGAAAAGUUAGCCAACCUAGAGAGAGAAGUGUCAGUGAAGACAAAUCAGACCCGUGAAUUUGACGGCACUGAAGUUUUGAAGGGAGAUGAGUUCAAGCGAUAUGUCAGUAAACUUCGAAGCAAAAGUACAGUUUUCAAAAAGAAGCAUCAAAUAAUAGCUGAAUUUCAAGCUGAAUUUGGUCUUUUGCAGAGGACAGAAGAACUUCUUAAGCAACGUCAUGAAAAUAUUCAACAUCAACUGCAAACUAUUGAGGAGAAGAGGGGUAUAUCUGGAUAUAGUUACACUCAAGAAGAACUAGAACGAGUAUCUGCUCUGAAGAGUGAAGUUGAUGAAAUGAAAGGACGAACACUGGAUGACAUGUCUGAAAUGGUAAAAAAACUAAAUUCCCUGGUAUCUGAAAAGAAGUCAGCUCUAGCUCCAAUUAUAAAAGAACUACGACAAUUGCGUCAGAAAUGCCAAGAAUUAACCCAAGAGUGUGAUGAAAAGAAAUCCCAGUAUGAUAGCUGUGCUGCAGGCCUUGAAAGCAAUCGGUCCAAAUUAGAGCAGGAAGUCAGAGGGCUCCGUGAGGAGUGUCUUCAAGAAGAAAGUAGAUACCAUUAUACAAAUUGUAUGAUUAAGAACCUAGAAGUACAACUUCGUCGUGCUACUGAUGAAAUGAAGGCAUAUGUCUCCUCUGAUCAACAAGAAAAAAGAAAAGCAAUUAGGGAACAAUAUACCAAAAAUAUUGCUGAACAGGAAAAUCUUGGAAAGAAACUUCGGGAAAAACAAAAAGCUGUACGAGAAAGUCAUGGUCCAAAUAUGAAACAAGCAAAAAUGUGGCAUGAUUUUGAACAAUUGAUGGAAUGUAAGAAACAGUGCUUUCUGAAACAACAAAGCCAAACUUCCAUUGGUCAGAGAAAUCUUUUAGGAACUAAUAUCUCUUGUUUUGAAGAUACAUUUAUCUGAAGUUCAGCAAUUCCUACAGUUUCACUUCAGUUUCUUUUUCUUCUGUACAACUCAAGAACAUUUAAUAUUUUGAAUGGCAUAUUUGUUCUAUUUGUAUUGUUUAAAGGCAAAUAAAACUUGGUGCACAUAUCAUGGCUAUUUAAAAUUUAUGUAGUGUAAAUUUUAAAUCUUUUUUAAGUAUGUAUUCAUCUAUAAUACUGUACUAAAUUUAAGAUUAUUGCUUAUUUUCACUAAAAAUCUAACACAGUAGGUUCUGGGCAUUAUUAUUUUAAAUAUCAGAAACUGUCAAAGUGCCUCCAAAUCUCUGCUUCAUCUGGACAAGGUAUCUGAAGAUGUCUUUAAUUUUUCCUUAAAGAUACUAAAUUCAUAUGCCACCCUUUACUUCAUUUCAGUUUCAAUAUACUUUUCAAAUUUUCUUUAUUUUAGAUUUGAAAACUCAGAUUUCAAAUGGUUAGCAUGUCCUUCUUGGGUUCUUUCUUCUUAGCUUUCCUAUAGAAAACAAAGCAAAAACAUUUUGAUGAAAAAAAUUGUUUCCACCCUUGCAAAAUAUACGAACUUGAUUAAUGGCCUUGGGUGUCUGUUCCCAAAUGUGUCCUACCCUUUUUUUGUCUUUCUUGAUAAUUAGAGAAUCUCAUUAGCAUGGAAAUUACUUGCAUUUCUAGAAGCUAUCACCAGAAUAGAUCCAUCCGAGUAUGGAAGAACUUACCAGGAAAGUAUAGAAAGAAACUUCUUUUAACAUAUUGUAAGAAAAAAAAAGAAAAAAGAAAAAAAAUAGAGAAGUAUUUCAGCGUUAUUAAGUGGUUUGGAUCUGGUCUUCAGCUUACUUUAGCUACUUUUUUGGACAAAUAUCAGUUAUCAGAAUUCUCACUUGGCCCUUAGAUCAACUCUUGGAUCAACCAUGUACUAAAAGAGUGAAGACCGUGUUCAGUCUGUGGAAACAAACCCUUACUAAUUCAAUAAUCAGGUUUUGAACAUUGUAUUUGUUCAGAGUUGGCUACUGGCUUGUUAUUUUUAAGCCAGUAGUAAGUGAUGUUCCUUUUAGAGUAUGAAUUCCUUUGCAAAUAUUUGAAAAAGACUAGAUGCCCUUCCCAGAAACAGCAUUUUAUUCCCCAAAGGAAUGUCAAUUUGUAAGAUUAUUAAGCCUAGUGACUAGUUUUUUUCAGUCUUUGCUGUCUUUGGUCCUCUUAAUUUUUAAAAUUGUGAGCAAGAGAUGUGUCAGGGAAUGCUUAUAAUUCUGCUUUGAUUAUUGCUUGCUUUCAUUCCACACAGAAAGAGUAUGUGGAUUAAACACUAAGGCAGCUCCAAAAUUAUUUUAUUAACUGAAGCAGAACAUCAUUACUACUUCAAGAAAAGCAAAUUGAAAAAUAGGCCUAAAAGUGCAAAGCUAUUUAUAGUUUUUAUGUAACAUUGGACAUUUAGUGACAUAGCUUAAUGGGUUUUGUACAGUGACUUUCCACUCAUUUUAUGAUUUGAUUGGAACAGUAAAAAGCUUUGACUAACUCUGACAGUUUUUGACAGCUGGCACAGAAGAAGAGCUUAUUACGUUUUUCCUUCAGGAUUGAUACUCCAGCUGGCUAAUUGAUGAAAAUGCCUAAUCAUUUUGGAAAAUAAUCUUGUCUCCCACAUGAUGACCCAAAUAAAGGAAAAAAAUGUA